GUUAUUUUUUUCCUUUUAAAUAAUCUAGUAGUUGUGUUUAUUUAAUACCUGAAAUGGCUUUUAACUUUAUCAGGACAACAGACUUUCUGAGAAAAACUUCAACUUCAGUUUGACAAAACUUAAAAUUAAUAAUUUUCUGAUAGGUAUUGUUCAAAUUUAUUAUUAUAGCCACUGUCAUUGGUUAGAUACAGUUUGCAAAAAAAAACCUGAUUUUAAAAGCCAGUUUCCUCUGAAAAAAGUUAUUGUACAAUCUAAGAAAUUAAGUAUGGCUACAAAAGGGGUAAAUUUGUAUUUCUUACCGAGGACAAAGCAGUGUUGCUGCUAUCACUCAUUACAUGUUGGCACUAAAAUAAUCAGUUGGGUCUUCAUUGCAGUAGGUUCAAUUGCAAUAUUCUCUGCAAGAGUGACCCAACAAAGCGUAGGAGACUUUCCAUUGCUUGUAACGCUUUAUGGAGGUAUUAUUCUCAUAACAGCAGUUUUUAACCACUCUUCAUUAUUAAUCAAACUAUGGCUAAUAUUCGCUGCUUGCAUAGUACUUCUUUUUAUAAUUAAUAUUAUAAUAAAUAUUGUGGAUAUAUCAUUAAAAAAUAUGGAUGCGAUUGCGAAGUUGUUUGCUGAUCUUCUAUGGAUAUCUGCAUAUUCAUACGCAUACAUAAUUGUUUAUAACUUCUACGUUGAAGACUACUGGAAUUAAUACCAAUUUAUAAAAGAAACAGUUUGCAUGAGUUUCAGGUAGCAAGUUUCAAUGUUUGUAUUGUACUUGGUAAUAAAUUUCUCAGAUGAAAGUUUCUAA